AUGAGUCUCCCUCCUGCUGUCCGGGGCACUGGCGCCGAGACUCGGCAGGACGGCGCAGGCAAGAAGCGAGAAGACCUCGAGGCCGAGCUCGGGGGCGUGGCGCUGCCGGCGUCCCCGCGCUCCGCGUCCUGUGUCGCCUCCGUCCCUGUCCCCCCGCAUUUGGCUGUCUGGGAAGAGAACGAGGCGAUGCGCCUCCUGCGCUUCGAGGCCGAGUGCGAGUUUGUCCAGGCUCUCGCGAAUCCUCAGUAUCUGCGGUAUUUGCAGAAAGAGCGGUACUUCCAAGAUCCCCGCUUCGUCGCCUACCUCCACUACCUCGACUACUGGCGGCGGCCACCGUACGUCGUCCACCUCCUCUUUCCCAUCUGUCUCGGAAUCCUCGACUUGCUCCAGAAAGAAGAAAUCCGCGAGCGCCUCGAGAAAGAAGACGUCGUCGCGGUUCUUGACCAGACUCUCCGACUUCACUGGCUCUACUUUGCCUGCGACAAAAACAAAGUGUAG